CAACAAUUUGGCAGAUAUAAUGUUUACAUAUAGGUCAUUUGAUUUUAAACACUCAUUUAUAUGUCAGACUGCGGUUGGUGUUCACGUAUCCAACCAGACGGGACAAUGCAGUGCUAUCUUCUCCUUACCAGACAACAAUCAAACAAUCACAGACGAAUACACGUACGCCAUAAAAAUAUCCGAGGAAGAAUCUUACAAACCUUCGGUUCCGUUUGAUGAAUUAGAAGACAAAGUGUGGGCAUUUCCAGGAGGUAUAAAAAACGGAACUGUCGUAGAGUUGAUUGUCACAAUGCCUAUCGGACAAAAGGAAGAUGGAGAGGGCGCGUAA